AACCUCGUCAUCUUGUUCUAUAAAUUCAUCCGUACACACUGGAUGCUAUGCACAUAUCUGAACUAAAUCACCUAUCAUACUUACAAAAAUUUUCAACUUACAGUAUCAAAAGUUCUCGAUAAAAAUGGCUGGGGCCUCAAAUGGUAGAUUUUAUGGCUUUUCGGGAGACUUAACAGUUGUUUUAGUUGGUAGCACGGGAAGUGGAAAAAGUGCGACAGGAAAUUCGAUCCUUGACCGAAAAGCAUUCAAGUCAGUCGCUACGUUUGGCCGCGUGACAAGUAUGCAACAAGCCACCGUGUUAGAAGAUGGGAGAGUUCUCAAAGUGAUUGACACGCCAGGUUUGUUCGACACAACUAGUAACCGUGAAGAUGUUGAGAAAGAGAUUGUAAGAUCCAUACAAAUGUCUAAAGAUGGCCUUCAUGCUCUACUUUUGGUUGUGUCAUUGAAAGUUCGGUUCAGUGAGCAACAAGUUGCAACUAUUGAGACCUUGAAGCAUUUGUUUGGAGACAGAAUUCUUGAUUAUACGAUUGUCACUUUUACUGGAGGGGAUCAAGUGGAAGAAGAUCAAACAUUGGACGAUUACUUGGCCCGUUCAUGUCCACCAGCUUUGCAGGAUCUACUUGAAAAGUGUGAAAACAGAAAAAUAGUGUUUAAUAACAAGGCAAAGGAUAAGGAGACCAAGGCUCGGCAACGCGAACAAGUUUUUGCUCUCAUUGCCAACAUUCUUGUGAGAAAUGGUGGAAAGCCCUACACAUAUGAUAUGUAUGAACAAUUCCAGAAGGUAAUUGCUGAAAGGGAAUAUCCACAACGGAAAGGGAAUAAAGCAUUAGAAGAGGAGGAGUUGGAGCGACGCGUCGCAGCAACGGUUAAUGAGAAGCUGACGGAGUGUGACGCAAUGAUCAGUAAGUAUAAAGAAGAGGUGGAGAGACUUCAAAAAGAGCUCUAUAAGCGCAAUAAAGAGCAGCAAAGUUGCAAACACGAACAAGGGCAGCAAUGUUACACUUGCAAACCUGCAAAAGAGGAGCCAUGUGGCCCACCGGUGAUUCCCGGUGUGCCGCAACAGCAGCCGGUGAUUCCGUGUGUGCAGCAGCAACAGAAGCCGGAACUAAAUCCGGUGGCUCCGUGGGUGCAGCCACAACAGCAAUGGAUAGACAGAAGAGGUGUUAUGCCGAAGCCCACGGGGUGUGUUGUGAUGUGAUCAAUAUACGAAGCUCCUUCGGUCUUAUAAAAAAAUUAAUAGUUCAUUUUAUUGUACUAUUACAGUACAACAAAAUAUACUUUUUUUUUUUAAGACCGAGGGAGUAAUAGCAAUUUCAUCAGGAUGCCAUCUUUACUCUCUAGCUAGUACCUUUCGGAGCUAUAUUGAAGUGCAAUAAAGUGGAACUUGUUAAACUGUAAUACUAUGUAUGGAAGUGCAAUAAAAUGAAGAAUGUGUGUAUACUUUUGUAUGAGAAUUGUGUUGCUGUGAAUAAGAUUAUGAUCACUAGUAUAAUGUUGUAUUGGACUUGUCUAUUUCAGUGAACUUAAUAAACAUGAAUCAUUUCGUC